UGCAUUUUUAAUUAUCUUAUCUCUUAAUCCAUGGCCUCUUUUUGACAUUUGUUUCUUUUUCUUUCUUUCUUCUUUUGGUGCUGAAUGCCUUCUAAGUCUUUUUUCGGUUAUCAUUCUAGACCUGGCCACUAUUGCUGGUCCCGAGCCUCUGUGUCAUUAGUCAGAAGUACGUCCCAGUAAAAUCAAUGGACUUAAUUCUCAGCAGCACAUUUUUCUGAGAAAGAAGGUACUGGAACUAAUGUUUGAUGGCUCAGGGGCCAAAUAUGCCCUGUUUGGAAGCCCAAGGUGGGGGCACAAAGGCAGUCGCCUCCCCCCCACUGCAUGCCCGCUGCAUCUGGGAUUCAGUCUGUGCACUUGACGGUUCUCCUUUGUCAUCAUGCUUUAUUGCAAUUGAGGAUUUCUGCUCCUCAGUGAAUUUGCCUGAUCCCCUUUCCAAGCCAUGGCCACGGCCACAUACUGUGGCAGUGAGUUGCACAAGUUAAUUACACAUCAUGUCAAGGGGAGCUUUCUUUUUGUCUUUCCUGAAUAGAGGCAGGGUCUCAAUGCCAAGUAGCAGAGCAAUUUCCCAGCUAGGGGACUUGAAUGUGAGGCUGCGGGUGUGGAGCAUCCAUGACACGAUGGCCUUUAUAGCGUUACAUUUGUUUACUUUUGUUUUGUAUGUUUUUACAUUCAUAUCCCGCUCUUCCUCUAAGAAGCCGACAAAGUGGCAAAUGCGGUUCAAUGUUGGCAAGUGUAAGGUGAUGCACAUUGGGACGAAAAACCCCAACUUCAAGUAUAUGCUGAUGGGAUCUGAGCUGUCGGUGACUGACCAGGAGAGGGAUCUUGGGGUCGUGGUGGACAGCUCGUUGAAAGUGUCGAGUGCGGCAGCUGUGAAAAAGGCCAAUUCCAUGCUAGGAAACAUUAGGAAGGGGGUUGAAAAUAAAACAGCUAAUAUUAUAAUGCCCUUAUACAAAAUGAUGGUGCAACCACACUUGGAGUACUGCAUACAAUUCUGGUCACCACAUCUAAAAAAGAACAUUGUUGAACUGGAAAAGGUGCAGAAGAGGUCAGCCAAAAUGAUCAGGGGCCUAGAGCACCUUCCUUAUGAGGCAAGACUACAACACCUGGGGCUUUUUAGUUUAGAAAAAAGAUGACUGCAGGGAGACGUGAUAGAGGUCUAUAAAAUCAUGCAUGGUGUGGAGAAAGUGGAUAGAGAGAAAUUCUUCUCCCUCUCCCAUAACACUAGAACCAGGGGUCAUCCCAUGAAAUUGAUUGCCGGGAAAUCUAGGACCAACAAAUUGAAGUACUUUUUUACACAACGCAUAAUCCACUUGUGGAAUUCUCUGCCACAAGAUGUGGUGACAGCCAACAACCUGGAUGGCUGUAAGAAGGGUUUGGAUAACUUCAUGGAGAAGAGGUCUAUCAACGGCUACUAGUCAGAGGGCUAGAAGCCACCUCCAGCCUCAAAGGCAGGAUGCCUCUGAGUACCAGUUGCAGGAGAAUAACAGCAGGAGAGAGGGCAUGCCCUCAACUCCUGCCUGUGGCUUCCAGCGGCAUCUGGUGGACCACUGUGCAAAACAGGAUGCUGGACUAGAUGGGCCUUGGGCUUGAUCCAGCAGGGCUGUUCUUAUGUUCUUUUGUAAGCCCAGAGUUUAUUUUUAUUAUUAGAAGAACCCUGGGAGCUCCGUCUGACUCAGUGAGCAACUCCUUAUUAAGGUAAUCUGCAAAAAAUCUAAACCACACAACCCGAAGCAGCUUAGGGCAGAUGACCAGCACCCUUCAGGCGAUUCCUUGGCAUCUUUGCUCUCACCUCCAGGGGGCUCAGUGAUAUAGGGGGAACUGGCUAGCCCAUACAUUCCCUUCACACUGCCUGCAAAGCCUCCAGCGCCUUUUGCUCUGAUCGAACCACCCUUAGAUGCUUUGCCUGCUGAGCCCUUGCUGAUGCCGGUAUAUGUAAGUCUGAAUCCCCUGUUUCUUCCAUGUUAUGGAAUGGCUAAAGCAAGUUGUUAAAGAAUCAAUGCCUGCCACCCUUACGACCCGAGCCAUCUGCAGCUCCACUCCCCAACCCAAUUCCUCUCCCACCCAUGGUGCUUGCCCUGGAUCGGCACCUGCUCCCCAGCCCAUGGUGCCCAGAUGUGCAAAUAGAAGGGGUAGGGACCAUCUUUCCUCAUCCUCCCCAGACUCAAGCCCCCACAAGCAUGCAAUCCCUGCAUUGGACAGGGGCCUUUUUUGUUCAAAACUGCUAGCUUUUAAACGCAGGAGAAAAUCUCACCAUUCCUCCUCCUCUGAGGAGCUAUUGAAGACCAAACACCUUAGUGGCUUGCCUGCAUUCCUGCUCCCACUGCCCCUCCACCUGUUCAUAACUCCAACCCUACCUUACCUGUGUUACCUAUACCUGCUCUACCACUGCCCCAUGCACCACACGCACCCACUCGGCCUCCUAUUCCUGCUUCCCAGCCAAUCUUGUCUCCACGUCACCCUACCACCUCCCCCAAACCCUCCUCCUCAUCCAGACAGACCUGCCUUGCCUGUAUCUGAUUCUGAGUCUUCCUGUUCGGGGCCAGGGGGACCCAUCGAUCCUAUAGAGUCCAACAAAGAGGAGGGGGAGUUAUCUGAGGAAGAGGUUACGCUUCUACUCCCCAUGUCUUCUAGACUUUUCUCUUCAGCAGAUUUUGAAAUCUUUAUUUCCAAAGCAAGGAGAACUAUUGAUGAUGUUGCUCCAUCAGAAACCGCGGACUCUUACCCCAUCCAGGACCAAAAUGUCUUCCCCAUAGGGUCAACUUCAACUGCCACAGUACCUUUCCCUUCUCUUUUUCGCGAGGUUAUGUGUGCCGAAUGGCAGUACCCUGCUUUAUCUCAACUGAUAAGCAAUAUAUCUAAGAAAAUUUUUAAUUUUUAUUCAUUCAUUCAUUCAUUCGAUUAAUAUACCACCCUUCCAUGAUGGCUCAGGUCCUUUUACAACAGAAUAAAACCAAUUAAAACCAAUUAAUCAAAAUCAAAACUAUUAAAACUGAAUAAAACCUAUUAAACAUUCUAACAACUAAAAACCCUGGAAAACCAGGGCAAACAUUUAAAACAAUUUAAAACAGUUUACAGUAGUGUAAAAACCCUGGAAGGAAAGACAGUAAUGAACUCAAAUUAUGGAUUUCUGCCGGGAGUGCAUUCCAUAGCCCAGGAGCAGCUACAGAGAAGGCUCUUGAGUCGCCACCAGACGAACCAGUGGUAACUGGAGACGGACCAUUACAAUCUUCCUCAAGACAUUAUGUCUCUUCUAGCUAUUCCCAAGUUAGACCCCCCCAGUGGCACAAAUGGUGUCUGGCUCCAUUGUUAAUACAGAGGGCCAGGAGCCAUUAAAAAAUCAUGAAGACAGCAAGUGUGACUUGCUCUUGAAGAAGGUGCACGAUGCCUCAGCUACUGCCAUCAGAACAGCCACCACAAACUCUUUUCUCUCAUGCCUCCGUUCUGUGGGCUAAAGAACUGAUAGCCUUAGUUCCUCCUGAGAACAUUAAGCUCAGACAAGGCAUUAAUGAUGUGACCAAAGCUGCAGCCUUGAUGGCAGAUUACAGCCUUGACUGCAAACAGUAGUCCUCCAGAACUAUGGUCACUGGGGUAGCAGUAUGCAGAUCCCUCUGGCUUAAGAGUUGGAAUGUAGACACCAAAUCCAAACUUGCCUUAGCAUCUUCCCCCUUCGCUGGCACCAACCUAUUCGUUCCCACUCUGGACCCUAUUCUUGUAGAGACGAGGGAUAAAAAGAAGGCUAUGCCUUCGAACUGCAAGGACUCCCGCAAGUUUUUUCAGCCUCCAUCUCACUCCUUUCGUUCCAACAGGCAAUUCCAAGGAAGUCCAACCACACAAUUCCGAGACUACCAACCUCAAAGCUCCAGAACUGAGACUAUAGUGCCUCCGGCGACAGGAAAUUAAUGUCACGUGAUCCAGUUCUGUCUUGAGCAUGCUCAGUACACAACCCUAUCUGAUGAGCUUCGAACACAGGGAAAAAGAACCCUUCACGGUGGCAAAUCCGAGCUGGUAAGGUAAGCAGAGGCAAUUUUGCCAUCAAGUCUUCCCAAUGCUAUGCAAUAUGUUCUUUUUCAUUCCUCGUUUGUGUGUUUUGGUUGUAUGUGUGUUUGUUUCUUUCUUUCAGGUGGCAAAUUAAGGUAAGCAGAUGCAAUUGCUAUCAGGUCUUGCCCAUGCUAAGCGAUGUGUUCCUUUUCUUUCCUCGUUUGUGUAUUUUGUUUGUUUGUGCGUUUGUUUCUUUUAGGUGGCAAAUCCGAGUUGGGUAAGGUAAACAGAGACAAUUUUGACAUCAGGUCUUCCCAGUGCUAUGCAAUGUGUUCUUUUUCAUUCCUUGUUUGUUUGUUUGUAUAUGUGUUUCUUGCUUGCUUGCUUUCAGGUGGCAAAUUAAGGUAAGCAGAUGCAAUUGCUAUCAGGUCUUGCCCAUGCUAAGCGAUGUGUUCCGUUUCUUUCCUCGUUUGUGUAUUUUGUUUGUUUGUGUGUUUGUUUCUUUUAGGUGGCAAAUCUGAGCUGGGUAAGGUAAGCAGAGGCAGUUUUGACAUCAGGUCUUCCCAGUGCUAUGCAAUGUGUUCCUUUUCAUUCCUUGUUUGUUUGUAUGCGCGUUUGUUUCUUUCUUUCAGGUGGAAAAUUAAGGUAAGCAGAUGCAAUUGCUAUCAGGUCUUGCCCAUGCUAAGCGAUGUGUUCCUUUUAUUUCCUCGUUUGUGUAUUUUGUUUGUUUGUGUGUUUGUUUCUUUUAGGUGACAAAUCCAAGCUAGGUAAGGUAAGCAGAGGCAAUUUUGCCAUCAUAGCAUCUUCCCAGUGCUAUGCAAUAUAUUCCUAUACAUUCCGUGUGUGUGUGUGUGUGUGUGUGUGUGUGUGUGUGUGUGUGUGUGUGUGUUUUAGGUGGCAAAUGCCAGCUGGCUAAGGUAAGCAGAUGCAAUUGCUAUCAGUUUUUUUCAGUGCUAUGCAGUGUGUUCCUAUCAUUACGGGGGUGUACAAACAGUUUGAUAGUGAACCAGUCUGCCACAAACCAGCUGUCACUGCUGUGCUCCCUCUCCUCAGUCUUUGCAGGGUCCGAGGUUCCCGCCCACCCUCCCUGGUUCAGUGAGAGAUUAGCUGGUCGCUUAUGGGCCGAGUAGGAAUUUUUGGUCUUCACUUGAUUGGCUUUGAGUGGAGAUUUUUUUGCCUACUCCUCACUGAAAGACUUUUAAAGGGAAUAUCCCCUUUUUAGGGGCGGGAGUCUGGUUGUAGGUUAAGUGGUCAUUUUGUCAGGCGAGUGUGGGCUUUGGCAGUUAAGAUCUUGAUUGGUGUUCAGCUAUAGGCACCUUUCAGGUGUAGGAGGUUUUAUGGAACAGCCCCUCAGGGUUUUGUGGCCUGGGGGUGUCUGGGAAUGGAUCACUUUUAGGGCUCCGUUCAGCUCAUCCACUCAGAGCUUUGGGGCUUGUGGGGUAUUGACCCUGGUGGCUACCUCCUUGACACAGUAAACUGUGUGGCUAUGCUGAGGUUUCAGAUGGUGUCUGCCAAGCCCGGCUGCUUCACCCAACGGUGAGGGGAGGUCAGCCCUUGCUAGGAGACUGUGCCUACCUAAAAAUGGGGGUUGAGUUGCCCGCACUCUAGUUUAUGUAGGUUAUGGUUAUACCUGUUGCAGAUCUCUGCAUAGUUUAUAGUUAAUAAAGUGGCCCUAGUUUUCAUCCAUA